AUGUUUUUUGAUCGUGAAUCAACAGUAGUUAUAACUAAAUUCAAUAAUUUAUCUGAAUCAGUAUUAACUACUUAUUGUAAAAAAUUUGGUACUGUUCUUCGAUGUUUAAUUAAAACUUCUACUCAAUCUCGAAAUAAAGAUCCUUAUGCUCUAAUCAAAUUUGCUGAAGCAUCAAGUGUUUCUUCUAUUCUUAAUCAUCGUAAUCAUACCAUCAAUGGUGUACAUGUUGUUAUGCGAACUUAUCAUCAAGAUACAAAUAAUUCUAGUUCAACACAAACACCACCAAGCUUAAUGUCAUUAACCCAACAAAAUCAAUCUUUAUCUAGUAAUAAUAAUAAUAAUAAUAAUAAUAAUAAUAAUGACCCAAAGCCAACGAAUUAUGAUCAACUAGUUCAAGAAAAUCAUGCGCUUAAAUAUGAAAUAGGUAAUCUUCAAAAAUCAUUACUUGAAGCACAAACAUAUUCGAAAACUGCUUAUGACACAUUUCAAGUUUUACGAGAAAAAUUUGAAGCAGAACAAGCUCUUACAAAUAAACUCAAAUCAGAAUAUGCAGCAAUGGUUGAAUCAUAUGAAGCUCGAUUAAAACAAUUACCAUCAUCAUCAUCGGUAUCAUCUUCUAUAAAAACAAUAGUUAAAGAUAAAAUAAAAGAAGAACCAAUGGAUUGUCAUUCUCAUGCAAAACAUUCAACUAAUAAUGCACUUGAAAUGCAAAUAAUAAAAGAUCAUUUAGAACAAGCACAAAUUGAUUUAGGUAAAUGUCAAACUGAAAAUGCUCUACUUAAUGCUAAAUUAACAUCACGUGAACAACAAUUUGAUAUACGUUUUAAAGAACUAAAUAAUAAAUACAUAAAUGUGAAAAAACAAUAUGAACAUCUAUCAUCAUGUAUUAAAGAUUUUCAUGCAAAAUUAUAUCCAAAGAAACGAUUGAAAUCUGAAUUAAAAGAAGAUACUAUCAAGAAAUCUGAUCGAGAAGGUCGUAAUAAAAGUAAUGAUUCAAAUGACGAUAUAGUAGAAAUAGUUAUGCAAGUAGAUCCAAUAUCAUCAUAG